AUGGACGCCAUGCCUCGCAGCAAGCGCCGGGCACAGAAGUGGCUGCAAGUCGUCGUCCUUUGCACCCUGGGUUAUUGGCUUCUGGGAUUCUCUACGUCUCGACUUGCAUGGCCGGGACUUGUCCGGCCCUUCUCAGACGAUGGCCUCGUGGCCACCAGCUUCCGCAAGAUAGCUCAUUUCGGUCUGGGACCGGACGAGGAUGUCGAGAGGCGCCUGUCGCCAGACAAGCUGUGGGCGUACCAGCUCCGAUCAGCCGUCGGCCACACCUUCACGCACGCCUUCGGCUUCCAGGGCCAGGCGCUUCUGCUGGCCCUGGCCUCCUCGCUUACUUUGCUGCGUGGCGGCUUCCUUCUAGCCGAGAGCACAAAGCCCUGCCAGGUAGCUUCCUGGUUCGUCCUCGGAGCGGCGAUAAGCCUCUGUUGGGUGCUUCAUCCCUGCACUGCGCCGUCCUUCGGCUCCGGGCACGUCCGCGUUCAGAAAUCGCUUCAGUUUGCCUUGGCAGUCGCUUGCCAAGGUGGUGCUUUCUUCGCACUCUUUCCUGAAGCCGCGGCAUACAUCGUCGGAUCGCUUGCGAGUGUUAUGGUCCAGCACAUCGUGCAGCUCACUGUCGCCCUGCAUGUGCCCAAUGAGGCACAGUCCGUGAGUGGCUCGAGCCACAUCGAUGCGAGUUGGUGGCAGUUGUCUGCAGGGCUGCUGGGAGGCUGCCUGUGCCUUCGCUUCCCGAAGCCAGCAUUGCAUGUCCUGGCCUCCAUGGCAGGCAGUGCCGGACUGGCUUUCGUGGCUCACUGGUGGCUGUGCUUGGCAUUGAUGCUGCUACGCGGCGAUGUCAAACACGAGGCACCUCUGGAACAUGUCGGCCGCCUGUUGUCUCGGUGCGAUCCACCGGCAUGCGAGAGCACAUCUCGUUGGAUUUUUCUUAUCCUCUGGGCUUUCUUUCUCGUGGGGGGCUUGCGGCUCCAGCGACACUUCGAGCUAAGCAAAGAGCAGCAGCUGUCGCAGUGGUAUCAAGAUCAGAUUCGCAAGGCCCCUUCCGACAGCAACUUCGUUCCGCACUGGCCGGGUCAGACUUGUACGUCUUCCCCUGACCUGACAACGUUCCAGAUGGUAGAUGUUACUCUGCCAGCACCGGCACCUGAUUCCGUGGAGGUGGCGCUCCCAGAACGCUCGAGCAGCGCGCCCUUGCAUGCCGUGGCACCUCCUCAGGAGGAGCAUGACAUAUAUGUGCCGGAGGGUGUGGAGCCCCCCGUGCUUCACCGUGCAAGGGGAGAGCGAAAUGGUCGUUCCGUUAGUGCAUCUUCUUUAUCAUCUGUAGAGGCAGCCGCAAUCCUGGGCUUGCCGCCCAGGCAGAGAAAGAGUGGCAAAGCAUGUGGUAACUCGGAAAUGUCGCAGUGUACAUUCUGCCGACAAAAGAUACGGAAGCAAGAAACACAGAGCAAAGAUCUUCUGACACCACUACUGAAUAUGCCGCAGCUUUGCAGAGUCACGGAGCUUUAG